UACUAUAAUGCAAGGCAAAAAAUGUGUUGUCGUUGGAGAUGGGUGUGUGGGAAAGACGUGUCUAAUAAUGUCGUACGCAGAAGCAUUUCCAAGAGAAUAUUUACCAACAGUGUGUAGUAAUUAUCAACUUAACGUCAAAGUAGAUGAACGGGUUUGUUCCCUUAGUUUAUGGGACACUACAGGCCAGUAUGAUUAUGACAGGUUGCGACCCUUAUCCUAUCCACAAACGGAUGUUUUUCUGAUCUGUUUUUCCCUUGUUACACGGGACAGUUAUGAAAACGUUAAACAGCAGGUAACUCUUAAUACAUUUUGCAUCGUUUUAAAUCCUAGAUAUAAGAUUAAUGGAAAGCUGUCACUGAACAUAUCAUUUCUAUUAAUUCAAUGGUACCCAGAGGUUAAACAUCAUUGUCCAGAUACGCCUAUCGUAUUAAUUGGAACAAAAAUGGACUUAAGGGACGACAAUACAGAACGUGAACAUGCAUUAAAGAAAGACAUUUCCUUUGUUGAGGGUAGGAGCCUUGCACAGGAAAUCCAAGCAGUGAAUUAUAUAGAAUGCUCUGCGAAGACCGGCAAGAAUACAAAACUAGUUUUUUAUGAAGCGAUACGAGCAUGCUUAAUUCGUCAAAAGCAGAAGAAAAGAAGACGUAGGUGUAAACUUGUAUGAAGACAAGAGAUGAAAAACAGUGGUCAUAAAAUUGUUAAAUAUAGACAAAGUGAAAUGAAUGUUUUUCAGUUCUGAAUUAAUACAUACACAAAAGAAAUGAACCAUGACAAUAUCUGAAGGCACCAUAUACCAUUCACACGGUGUAUACCCAUAUCGGAUCCCUCUCUGUGGAAAAUGAGAAAACGGAUCCCUCUCUGUUCGCACACAGGACACUCUCUGUGCUAAACAAUGAACUCCAACGUCAGUCAGCUCGGACAAUCAAAUUUUUCGUCCUAAACACAUUUUUGUGCAUAAAAACAUAUGACCCACGGAGUGGCGCAGCUAUAUACCAUUGCUUUUUUAUUGUUACAUUUAUUUUAUCAGUUCACACAAGUCCAAACGAAGAUGUAAUGUAGACGGAGGGUACUGGCUUGAAUGAACAUCGUGCGGUGUUUAUGAAACUUAAAUACGACUUUCUUAAAUAUAGCAAAUAUCUUGUACCUUGGAUGUGAAGUCGUUGAUCCCAUCCUACUUGUAAACACACUUUAUGUGGAUAUUUUCAUCAUGUCUACCUAAAAACGCUCUACUUUCGAUUUCGUUGAUGCACGGGAUCCCUCUCAGUCGGUGCAAUUUUGCCUCACAGGAUCCAUCUUGACUCUCAAAACACGGCACGGGAACCCUCUUCGGCAAAAUUUUUUAUCGGCACCGGCACCCUCAACUUCAGUGUUAGAAUUUUGAGAUGGUAUUGAAAACAACAUCUGUUUCUGAGGGUAUAGAUCAUGGUGUUUUUACUUCCCUUAAUAUGCUUUUAAAUUGAAAAUAAAUCAGCAAUUUCACAUAACAUUCAUAUUUAAAUUUUAUUAUCAAAAUUACUGAUACCUAUGGAAGAGCAUAAGUGCCAGGUGUAUGUCAUUUAUUAACUCGAAAUUUCUAGUUACUAAGUCGAAAUUUCGAGUUACUAAUCUUGAAAUUUCGAGUUACUAACUACAAUUGUUUACGUUGAUGUAUAGGUCCUGGCCAAGAUUAGGUACCUGGCGUAGUCAUUGGGUAGCCCUACAGGGUCAUAUGGCAGCGUUUGCUCAUAGAAAAUAUCUCUAUGUUUCUUUAUUUAUUGAUUUUGUUGGGUGUAACGUCGCACCGACACAGGCGACUUCUCAGCUUUUAUGUUGGAGGAAGACCUAAACCAUGCUUAAAUCUGGAAGGUUUCCGACCUAGUUUGAGUCCAUAUGUCAAUGAAAUAUUGACAUACCUAAAUGAAAGUGUAAUUAUGAGUCUAACCAAGAUUGGGUACCUUGACAGACCUUGAUUUUGAGGAGAGGUCAUAGAAGGUGACCGGGAAGUAUUCUAACUUAGAAUAUUUCACUAUUUUGACCAUCUCUGGAAGGUUUUCGACCUAGUUCGAGCCCCUAACACAUGGAUAUAUUAUACAUGUAAAUGAGGAUAUAUAUCCUGGAUAGAGUUUGAAAUCAGGAAUAGCUUUAGAUGCUAUAGUAGGUCAUACAUUGAUGUAUUGUAGUAUAUGUUCAAGUCCCUACAUGUUCGGUACACUAUAUGGAUGUGUAUAUAGAUGAUUCCACUUUGAAGAGUCAAAACUCGUCCAUUACAUUUUUGGCCUUUGACUGACGGCGGACGUUCAAAUUUUGCUGAUAAAAGGGCUAGAUAGUAACUCGAAAUUCGAAAUUUCGAGUUACUAAAACGAAAUUUGGAGUAAAUGAAAAAAAACGCACCUGGCACUAAUGCUCUUCCGUAGAUAUCUUAGUGAUACACAAAUAACUUUUAAACGCGAAUUUGUAUAAUUUGAUUUGAUACAAAGAGGGGCCAUUCACGCACAGCUAGUCUGAAAAGGUUCAGCGACACAUCUGUACUUAUCAUAACAAACCCCCGUCCGCCCGGGCACACAAGUCUUCACCGAAAACAUCGGUACAUACACUGACGCCUGACUUUCAUAUCGGAUGCAUGGCGUAAUUGAAUGUGUGUCGUGG